AUAGGCAAAGCAAGUUGAAGGCGUGGACUACUGUUUUCAAUCCUGAACUCCUUCUCUAGUGUCUAUCUGGUUGCCUGUAGCAGUCAAGCAGAGGGAGAGAGAGAGAGACAGGGAGGGGGAGGAGAGGGGAAAAAAAAAAAAGAAAAACAGAGAGAAAAGAAAGAAAAAAAGAGUUCUCACUCUCUCUUUCUCAGCAACGCACAUUCACAGUGGAUGGCUGCUUUUGCGGUGAACCGUACAAUUGUUGCAGCAUGGGUGGUGUUUUGGGGUGUUAUGAUGGUGUGUCAGGUAGGUGCUGCAGAGAGGCUCUUAAGAGGUGUUGAUCAACAGGUUUUGGUUGAGAAGGAGAUUAGAGAAGAUGGGUAUAUGGUCAGGCUCAUUAAUUUACUCCGACAGAACGAAAACUCUACUUAUCACCAUGUUUGGCCGGAAAUGAAGCUUGAGUGGAGAUUGGUACUGGGUUCAAUAAUCGGAUUCUUCGGAGCAGCACUUGGCAGCGUUGGAGGCGUCGGCGGUGGUGGGAUUUUCGUGCCGAUGCUCACCUUGAUCAUCGGCUUCGACGCAAAGUCCUCUACUGCAAUUUCCAAAUGUAUGAUAAUGGGUGCGGCAGGGUCAGCAGUGUACUACAAUCUGAGGAUCCGGCACCCAACGCUGGAUUUGCCCGUCAUCGAUUUUGACCUCGCCUUGCUCUUUCAGCCGAUGCUCAUGCUAGGCAUCAGCAUUGGGGUUGCCUUCAAUGUCAUCUUUGCUGAAUGGAUGGUUACUCUUCUGCUUAUCAUCCUGUUUCUGGGUACUUCAACUAAAGCGUUAUUCAAAGGCAUAGAGACAUGGAAGAAAGAGACAAUAAUGAAGAAGGAGGCAGCUAGAUUGUUGGAGCCAGAGACUAAACCAACUGAUGGUCCUGGGCUGGAUUACAAACCACUACCCGGCGGUCCAUCUUCAGCGCUGGAUGACCAGGUUCCCGUGAUGGACAACAUUUACUGGAAAGAACUUACUCUGCUUGUCUCUGUAUGGGUGGCCAUUCUUGCUGUGCAGAUAGUUAAGACUUAUGCGAAAACUUGCUCUUUUGAGUACUGGCUUCUAAACUUAUUGCAGGUACCUAUUGCUGUCUCUGUGUCGCUCUAUGAAGCUGUAUGCUUAUACAAAGGAAAGAGGGUAAUUGCAUCAAAGGGAAAGGAAGUAACAAAUUUGAAAGUGCACCUACUUUUCUUUUACUGCUUGUGUGGGAUUGUAGCCGGUGUAGUUGGCGGAUUGCUUGGUCUUGGAGGAGGCUUCAUCCUGGGACCCCUUUUUCUUGAACUAGGGAUUCCUCCUCAGGUAGCAAGCAGUACAUCAACCUUUGUAAUGGUUUUCUCAUCAUCCAUGUCAGUUAUACAGUAUUACCUUCUAAAACGUUUUCCAGUCCCGUAUGCUGCUUAUUUUGUUCUAAUUGCAACCGUUGCUGCAUUCACUGGUCAGCAUGUGGUGAGAAAGUUAAUAAGGCUAUUCGGUCGUGCAUCUUUGAUCAUCUUCAUACUAGCUUUAACCAUCUUUGUGAGUGCAAUUGGCUUAGGUGGUGUGGGCAUAGCGGAUAUGGUUGAGAAGCUUGAGCAUAAUGAAUAUAUGGGGUUUGAAAGUCUUUGUCAAUAGUCAAAGGGACUAUACCAUCAACAGCCAAGGAUUUCUCAGCGCAUGAUAGCCAUAUCUCUUCAUAUGUCCCGUCUGCCAACUAGUUAUCCAUUUAUUUUCAAGCAGAGAAGCACAUGUUUAUUAUGACUAUGAAUAUUGUAUUCUGUUCCUGUAGAAAUGGAUGCCGAGACCUGAUGGUCAAAGCUCCAUGUCUGCCACCCCUCUCUCACAAUUUUCAUUCUGUACAGGACUUGCCAAUUUCAUACGACCGACAAAGUUUGCUUAUGCAAUUAAAUGAGUAAAAUCGUAUUGUAUUAUGUCAUUGUUUAUGUUGUUAAAGGCACUUGCCGAACACUUCUUGCUUAAUAACAGAAAGAAUGCAAAGCAGUAUAUCAGCCCUACAGUUAACUUUGUACUGGAGUUCUGCCCAA